GUUGGGAACCAGAAGGUGUUUUCCCCCUCCCAAGGAGAGAGCAAACCUUUUAAAAGGAAGGACAAUUGAUUUUUGGGGGGGAGCAGCAGGUUAGAGGAGGGUUUAAAGCCAGGUGCGCCGAGUCUGCUCGCCAUGUCCAGAUCCGGGGACAGGACCUCCACCUUCGACCCCAGCCACAGCGACAACCUGCUGCACGGCCUCAACCUGCUGUGGAGGAAGCAGCUGUUUUGCGACGUGACCCUGACGGCCCAGGGCCAGCAGUUCCACUGCCACAAGGCCGUGCUGGCCUCCUGCUCGCAGUACUUCCGAUCGCUCUUCUCCAGCCACCCCCCUCUCGGGGGAGGGGUCGGCGCCCAGGACGGCCUGGGGGCCCCCAAGGACCAGCAGCAGCCCACGCCGCAGCCGCAGUCGACCCAGCAGCCUCCGCCGCCUCCGCAGGAGGAGCCCGGGACUCCUUCCUCCUCCCCCGACGACAAGCUGCUGACCAGCCCCCGGGCCAUCAACAACCUGGUGCUGCAGGGCUGCUCGUCCAUCGGGCUGCGCCUGGUGCUCGAGUACCUCUACACGGCCAACGUGACCCUCUCCUUGGACACCGUGGAGGAGGUGCUGUCGGUCAGCAAGAUCCUGCAUAUCCCCCAGGUCACCAAGCUCUGUGUGCAGUUCCUCAACGACCAGAUCUCUGUGCAGAAUUACAAGCAGGUGUGUAAGAUAGCCGCGCUGCACGGCCUGGAGGAGACCAAGAAGCUGGCCAACAAGUACCUGGUGGAGGACGUGCUGCUCCUCAACUUCGAGGAGAUGCGCGCCCUGCUGGACUCGCUGCCGCCCCCCGUGGAGUCGGAGCUGGCGCUCUUCCAGAUGUCCGUGCUGUGGCUGGAGCAUGACCGCGAGACCCGCAUGCAGUACGCGCCCGACCUCAUGAAGCGCCUCCGCUUCGCGCUCAUCCCAGCCCCAGAGCUGGUGGAGCGGGUCCAGUCAGUGGAUUUCAUGCGCACCGACCCUGUCUGCCAGAAGCUGCUGCUGGACGCCAUGAACUACCACCUGAUGCCCUUCAGGCAGCACUGCAGGCAGAGCCUGGCCAGCAGAAUUCGCUCUAACAAGAAAAUGCUGUUAUUGGUCGGAGGGCUGCCUCCUGGACCGGACCGGCUCCCCAGCAAUUUGGUUCAGUAUUAUGACGAUGAAAAGAAGACAUGGAAAAUACUCACAAUUAUGCCAUACAACAGUGCUCACCACUGUGUUGUAGAGGUAGAAAACUUCUUGUUCGUGCUGGGCGGAGAGGACCAAUGGAAUCCAAAUGGAAAACAUAGUACGAAUUUUGUCAGUCGAUACGAUCCCCGAUUUAAUAGCUGGAUUCAACUUCCUCCUAUGCAAGAAAGAAGAGCCAGUUUCUAUGCAUGUCGAUUGGACAAGCAUUUAUAUGUUAUUGGUGGGAGGAAUGAAACCGGCUACUUGUCCAGCGUGGAGUGCUAUAACCUGGACACAAAUGAAUGGCGCUAUGUGUCCUCUUUGCCACAGCCUCUGGCAGCUCAUGCAGGAGCAGUGCACAAUGGGAAGAUAUACAUUUCAGGGGGUGUGCACAAUGGAGAAUAUGUCCCAUGGCUAUAUUGCUAUGACCCCGUAAUGGAUGUCUGGGCUCGAAAACAAGAUAUGAACACAAAACGUGCAAUCCACACUUUGGCUGUAAUGAAUGAUCGCUUGUAUGCAAUUGGAGGAAAUCAUUUGAAAGGUUUCUCCCACCUAGAUGUAAUGCUUGUGGAAUGCUAUGACCCAAAAGGUGACCAGUGGAAUAUUCUGCAAACUCCUAUUCUGGAGGGUCGAAGUGGUCCUGGUUGUGCAGUGCUUGAUGACAGCAUUUACCUUGUGGGAGGCUACAGCUGGAGUAUGGGGGCCUAUAAAUCGUCUACAAUAUGUUACUGUCCAGAAAAAGGAAGCUGGACAGAACUUGAAGGAGAUGUAGCAGAACCCCUGGCAGGACCAGCCUGUGCCACAGUCAUCCUGCCUGCCUGUGUGCCCUACAACAAAUGAUACCAGGAAAGCCUGGAACGGACAGUGUCACAUCCUGGGAAGCAGUGACAGGUGAUGUCACUCUCUCAUAGGACCUGUGCAUUCUAAUGGUACAACUGCCAAAACCCACCUUUGGUUUCUGAUGAUUUUCAAGUAACUACAAAAGAAACAGACUUGUUCUGGAGCAGAUAUUGUGUCCAGAUAGCAUCCAACUUCCUAUGGUGACAAACUCUUCCAUUUCAGACUGGUUUUAACUUGUCCCAGCUAUACAAAAACUUCUCAUGAGGAUCUUAACUUUCAAAAGGAGAAAGAGAAAAUACAGAAUACUGGCCCCAGAGAGACUUAAGAUCAGUAUUGUGCAUUGUAGUCUACCUGCAUGUGGUCGAUGUUGAAGUUUUGGAGAUAUUGUGUACAUGGAUGAUUCAAAAUCUGACCCACCGAAAUACUUACACUGCAUUACAGAUAUUGCCACUUGACUCUGUAUUCCUAACCUUUGGCUACUUCACAGACUCCACAGGCAAUACAGUUACAGAAAAUCAUAUAAGAUUAAAGAGAGGCACCUUUAUUUGUGUACAACUCUAUUUCACAUACCUUCUGCCCUUACAGCACCUCAGGAGAGCAAAGAAGAGUAAGUUGUUGGCUCUUACAGCAGUUGCUUUGUGCCCUUUAGAUCUAGGCUAGCCAGAGUACUAAUUUCUGCGUCCUCAAUGCUACUCGAAAAUCAGAACUAAAGCAUAAUACCGUCACUAUUAGGUUCACAGAGGCUUAUAGUUUCUUAUUUUUUGCAGUAUUUAAGUAGUGAACACACAUGCUGUUUGCUCCAAAAGACAGAACUGACGAAUUUAAUCACAUGAUAUUCCAGAAAUUCUGUUGGAAAAAACAUCUGACCCAAACCUGAUCCACAAUGAAAACUUAGAGAUUGCUUUCAGAGAUUCAGGGAUGAAAAGAAAGAAUCAUUUCCUUAAAGUAAAAUCUCAACUGUCUCUCUAUACCUAGAACACACAACUUACAACAUCAUAGCACCUGACAAAAUACUUCUCCUCUUCCUCACCUGUGGCUGGCUCCAGACACUUGACUCCACCUCAUUCUUCCCCUCAAUUCUUCAUUAUUUUGUUUGUCGUCACCACAGAUGCCUGAACUCAGUUAAGUUAGCAAUGGCUACUUGCCUUAGGAGCAUGAGGAAUAUAGGGACAGAAGGUUAGGAGAGCAUGAUGUAGUCUCAGUGUGGCCAAUCAGAAGAGAUAACGGGCAGGAACAUGAUUUUGACUUUCAAGCUCUUCAGAGCUCGACCAGUAACUGCUAGAAGUAAAUAAAAGCCUAAAAUAUUUUUUUAAUCACCCAGAAAUGAUGAAUGCUUCAACAAAUGUGGCGUUCAAAAUGACAAUAUGGGAAAGUGACAGAUUAAAAAUGCCUUGGUCAUAAGCUUUCAUUGUGGAGCAUGUCAAGGUGGGUGGGUACACUGGAAUCCAAUGCCGUUUCUACAGUAAAGUGCAAUCUUCAUUGUUUUUGUAUUUAUUUGUAUGUUCAGAUCCAAAG